CCCUCCACGCUGACACUCUGAUGUACAAACACCUCGCUUCUCGUCACUGCGCCUCCAAAGCUCACUCCACAAUCUUAGGGAGAAGAAGAAAAAAAAACAGAAAAGCAGCUCACGUAAAUCCACGUCCUAACAUCCAUCCUGACUCUCCUGAAUGAGCCUGAGAAGACUCCUCUCUGCGCUCUCGCCUCAGGACCGCCUCUCUCACUCUUUAUUUCUCCUCAAGUUCUGCAGCUGAUACCGGCUCAGUCAGGAGGAGGGUUUCUUUUUCAGCCGGCUGAGAAGAUCAAGGACAGUUUGACAUGAGUGGAGACGCUCCACAAAGAAGAGGCAUGAAGAGCACAUGUCUGCGGGCUGCUGCUCUGCUGCUGCUGCCACUCAUCUCUCUGGUGAGUUAAAUGUCAUUCUGAUUUGACCUUUGUCUUUCAAUUCCAGCUGGUUUGACAUCCCUGCAACAUGUGAUUAAUGUUUGUCUGGUGGCAGAAAUUUCAAGGAAUAAUUACAGAGAGAAAUCUUGAAAAGUGAGCUCAAAUCGUGCAAAGGCAGAAGGACCUCAGAGUGUAAAAAUGAGCAUUUCAGCCAGAAUACAUUCAUGCAAAUUGCAGGAUAAGUCUGUGAAAGUUAAAGAAAUGUUGAUGUCUCCGUCUGCAGACUUAUUUUACAGGUGUUACAUUUUUGAAUAUUUCUCCUUACAUUCGAGUCAUUUAACGACAAACCUAACCUAAAAAAACAGAUUUGUAACUGUUCCAUGCACCCACUCAUUUAUAUCUCCACAAAUUCAAGACGUGAGAGUGAACGCAAGCUUCCCAAAUCCUAAAUCUGCAUCUCGACAAAUCCACCCCGCAAACAGCCCCACUUAAAUAUCUCCCUCCAUUCAAGCCUUCCCUUUGCAUCUUCCCCUCCUUUCUCCCAUUUACAGAUGCAGUUCAAUGAGGAUAUAUUUGACAGAGCGGUCGCAGAACAGCCUGAGCCCAUUAUGACAAACACACCAGAAUGCUCCUAACUCAAUGCCUUGACAGUUUGUGACAACCCAAUUCCUUUAAUCCUCGGAUAGACAGUCACCCCUCACCCGCUGAUAAAUCUGUCAACAAAGCAAUCAAAGGCGAACAGGAGCCACUCCUCUCUGCAACAAAAAAAUUCCAUAAACUUAAUCCCCGCAAACUUGACUGGCCUUAAAAAGCUCCCGUGGUGUUAUCUGUGUUUAAUUUGCAUAGUGAUGGAAAGAAGUCAAUUACUAUUAAUUAUUCUCUACAACUUAAUACCCAUUAUCGAAUUGAAUUCACCGUCUUGAAAACCAUAAACUCAAUUUCACAGCUGACUAAGCACACUAAUCAUUUCACCCCCCCUUCCUCUUUUUUUUUUACUUUACGGCGCCUUAGAAGGAAAACAAGGAUUCUUCGAUUUCAGAGGCAAUAACAUUAACCGACAUGGAUUCAGUUACUGUCACAAACAAAGACAGGCAUUAAUCAGUCAGUAUGGGGCUCAUAUGUCCAGAGCGGUAUGUUAGUGAUGAUCUCAAAGCAUCACUAGAUGGGAGUCUGUGGUUUUUUUUUUUUUUUUUUUUUUUUUUCAGACCGGGCUGCCAAAUUGCUUCGCUAUGCUUUAAUGGGAUGAUCAUAAUUGUUUCGUACUCGGUGCAUCCUAAGCUUUCGCCUGCAGCUCCUUCAACAGAUUGACAGACCCAUGGGAACCUCACAAACUUAUUUUGGCCGCCUUUGAACCAAGUCGUGUGUGAAAUAAUAUGAUUAUGCAUUUUUCCUCUGGGUAAGUUGAAGAACUGGUGGCUACGUUUUUUUUUUCUCCUCCUUCCUCCCCCCAUCUCUCUUCUACCACCACCACCUCCUCCUUCUUCUCCUCUCUCUUCGUCUUCUUCUUCUUCUUCUUAAACUGCCCGGCUCUAAUAUCCCGCAGUCUGUCCGCGUACAGUAUUUAUCCUCCUCAGAAGUCAUGGUGAUAAUUGUGCCCUGGCCCCUCAAAGCGCUGCUGCAGUGAUAGGACUCGGCUCCAUCCGCAGCUGCCUGUGAUGUCUUGACACACUUUGUGAUUUGUCAUCAUCUCUGACCCCCCUCAGGUAACACUUUGAUAUCACUGCGAGAACAUAGACCUAAACUCUUAGUGGGCGUCAAAUGCCCUAAGUUGAUCCAUCAGCUCAGCGACGGGGGGACCUCAUGAGACGAGACAAGUUAAAUUCACUGUAAACGACUAUGACGACAAUCAUUUCCCAAGAGCCCGGUAGGAGAAUUCUCCUAAAGACGGCAUCAGCACACUAAAGACUCUUAAACUAGCUCCCCGUGCUGAAGAAUAUUUCUCUAUCAGAGGAAAGUGGCUCUGAAUUAAAGAUGUAUAUUGAGUUUGGGCUUUUCCACUUUUCUUCUAGAGAGUAAAGUUGGAAAAUUAAACGGCGAAUGGCAAAGUGUUUCUACUUUACAUGUCACAUUUUUCCAUUUUCACCAUAUUCACACACUGAUAGCAGAGGCUGAAGUGGAAUGGGCUCAUCUGUAUUAAUUUAUCUCGUUCACACGCUGCUGGUGCAGACACCGGUGCAGUGGUGGGGUUAAGUGUCUUGCCCAAGGACCAGCAGGUGAUGGGAUUAAACCUCCAACCUUUUGAUUGGGAGACAACAGACUUUAACACUGAGCCGUGUCAACGCCUAUAAGAGGAGGGGGACUCUCAGGGUUACUCAUGAUGGAAUACGAAAUACAAUACAACGCUAUCGAUGAGGAACAGAACAGUAGGACACGAUACGCUACUAUAUGGUUAGAUACAAUAUGAUUAGAUAUGAUAAGAUAAGAUACAGUGAAACAUGAUUUGUUAGGAUUUGAUACAGUUAAAUAUGAUACGAUUAGAUAAUUAUGAUUAAAUAUGAUGAGCUACAAUAUAAUUAGAUACGAUAAAAUAUGAUAGGAUAUGAUUCGAUAUUAGAAGCUACAAUCAGGUACAGUACAAUGAUACGAUACAAUAUAUGCGGUUAGAUACGAUACGAUUAGAUAUGAUAUGAUCAAAUACAAUACGCUAUGAUAUAAUACAAUAUAAUUUGAUGAAAUAAAAUAUGAUAGGAUAUGAUCCGAAAUGAGAAGAUACGAUUAGGUUCGAUACAAUAAUACGAUACAGUAUAUGCAGUUAGAUACGAUACGGAUAAAUAUGAUUAGUUAUAAUUGGAUAUGAUAUGAUAAAAUAUAAUCUACAAUGAGAUAUGAUAUGAUUAAAUACGAUAUGCUACGAUAUGAUACAAUAUAAUUAAAUACGGUUCAAUACGAUUAGAUACAAUAUGAGACAACAUGAUAAGAUACAAUAUGUUAGGAUUAGAUACAAUAUGAUACAAUACAGUAUAAACGAUUAUUUACAAUAUGAUACUCAACAAAAUUAUACAAUACGAUACAAAAUUAAACAAAAUCUCAACAUAUAGGUAGAACAAACAUGAAGUACAUACUUUACUGUGUAAUGUGAUAAUUUAAGAUGAAUUUAAUAGAUUACAAUACAGUAGAUAUAAUAUUAGACAUCACACUAUGACAUUACAAAUCAUGUGAUUUAUCAAAUAAUAAUAUGUCAUAUAAUACAUAUGAUAUGAUCAGUGCCACACUAUACUCUAGCAAACAAUUCAAUACAUUAUGAUACAUUAUUAUACGAUUCCAUAUAACAAUAGACAAUAAAUCUCAUAUGAUACUAUGUGACACUAUGAAAUAAAACACAAAACAAACCAUACCAUACAUUGAAAGACGAUAGACAAUAGACAUCAUAUAUUAUGACUUUAGUAUAAUAUAUUGUAUAACAUUAUAAUGGACGAUAUAUACAUGUUAUAAGAUACAAUAGGAGGAGAUACAACUAUACUGUACCGCACCAUAAAAUGUAACAAUUAUCAAUAGACAUGAUACAUUAUGACAUGAUACAUUAAAGUGUAUUGCGGUACAAUAAAAUAAUGAUACGUUACAAUACAUUUCAUUUUUUUACGUUUCAAUACGGUAUGCUAUGAUACGAUGCGAUACAAAAUGACAGAAUUCAAAUUCAAUGUAAAGGAUAUGCUAAAACACAAUCCAAUACAGUACAGACCUCAUAUUAGUUCAUCCACGCCAUAAAACACGUCACUAUGAAGUAUAAAAUGGUCUGAUCUGACAGAAAUAGAUGUGGCCCAGUACGGAGUCCACAAUAGCAUUAUGAUACCGAGCUUCAGUGAUCAUUGGCAAGACAGUUAUAUAAUGAUGCGUCACGAUUUCUGUUAACUAAAUAAUACAAAAUCCCCCCUUAGGGGAAGAGUGCAGGAUUUAUUCAAGGAGUAGUGGCGUGGGUGGUCCAAACGUGGGGGAAAUUUGUUCAGACCACUUCAUUUUUUCUAAUUAAAGUAUCAAUAUUUGGCGCCAGCGUUCAGAUAGUCAGGAUGAGAGGAUAUUGCUGCACUGGUAUUUCGUCCCUCCCCAAGCAGAAGUACUUAUGAUUCAUAGCAUCUGAAAGUCAUAAAUUAGAUUAAAAGAAGCAUUUUGCUGGAGGUGGUGGAGCGAGACUUCAGAUAUCAUAGCCGAAAGGUCACAGGUUUGAUCCCACCACAUGUCCUUGAGCCAAACUCUAACCUGCAACAGCUCCUCACACUUUAAGCCUCUCUGGAUUAGAGCAUCAGUUUAAUACCUUAAAAUUCAAAAAGUGAAGAAAUCUAAAAACUUUUUCAGAAAACAACCUUCAGAGGACGGCAGAUCUUUUAAUUUUCAGGAUGCUGCAGGUGAACUGUAAACAGGCACACCACUUAAUCUAGAUUGCAAAGUGGCAGCUGAAAUCUGCCAUCAGCCGGCUCCCUCUCUAUUCCUGCUCUGUUGAACCAACACUGUCGCACUCACAAAUCCUCCCUACACAGCAGUCAGAGCAGCCGCAGCAUUCAGGUAAAUGAAAACUGACACACACUUUCAUUCUUCUUCGCAAGGUUUUUUUGUGUACAGCCCACCGCCGAGUCAUCUGGCUCCUCCGGUGGUUCCAUUAAAGGUGAAAUUUGUUGGCUGUUCGGGGGUCCAGCCCAUAGAAUAUCCUCCCGAGCUCCCGAGGGAAGCCGGGGGUUGUUUAUCUUCCUGUUUCAAAGAGCGGACGCCUGCGCCUUAUCACAGCCUCGCCAAGAGUAGAUAGCAUUUAUGUUUGUCCAACAGCCUGCAUAUACGCCGCAUCUGCCAAUCUGAGAGUCGUUUCCUAAAGGACUUGUGCAUGUUUAUGCUGUUUGUGUUAUCUGUGUCGAGGGAUUCUGCCUCAUACACCAAACCUGAGAAUAAUAUUAACAGACGGUUUAAUGGGGUUUACAGGGUGGGGGGGCUCCUGAUUGACUAAAUACAGGUCAGAAAGUUGGGCCACGCUGAGAAACGACAGCCUGUAAAUAUGAUUUAGAGAUACUUCAGAGUACUUUUGACUGAAAAUACACUUUAACAUCGAUAAAAAAAUUUAAUUUUAGGCCCCUAAGCUUUAAAAGGAAGUGAUUUUUGGCAAGUAAGUGUAUUUUCUUGUCAAAAUAAGGGUGCAACACUGAUUUUUAAACUUUGCAAUGACAACACCACAAGUUUUGGCAACUUAACUUCAUCUGUGCAACACUUCUUAUAAAAGCAGGCAGCUCAGAGUGCAUCAUGAGGGAAGAUCAGGUGUAAAUAAAAACAACAAUAUAAGAUUUAAAUAAGAAAGAGCACACACACACACACAUACACACACAAAAUUACAGUAAAAAGCUGUAAAAUACAAAGAUAUCAGUUCAAAUCGGUUGAACAAUGAAAAUGAAGUAAAACAAAGUAAAUAUCAGACAUGGAGCUGUGAUGAAAAAUUUAAUAUAUAAAAUCACUCUAAAUGCAUUUUUAGAUUUUAUUUAAAAAGCGUUUAAUUUAUAUGAACAAAAUAAUCCAGAAAUCUCAUCUUCUACUCAGAUUAAACAGUUAGGAGUCAAGCAGUAUGCGCCAAAAUAUCUCAAAAUAUCUGUAAUUUUUUUAACCUUUAACAUUAUUUCUCCCUGCGUACGACCAGAGGCUCCACCUGAGCCUCACUCACCUUUACAGAGCGUGAAAAGCUUGGACUGAAUUUAACAAAGUGAAGGAACGUUUGUCUGUGAAAUGACCGACAGCAGCUCUCACAACAUGACCACCAAUGGAAUAAUAUCAUGAUCAGCAGAAAGUUUUUGAGCUUAUUCUAGUUUAAACAUCUGCAAACUUUUUAAAUAUUACCAACAAUUUUUGCAAAAUACAGUUUCACAUUCCUGCAAAGGCAGCGUCACAUUUCCACUGAACCACGCUGAUGCUUCUCGAACCUUUGAGACGAUCUUAACCAGAACCAUGUAAGUCUAUACUGUCGUCCUGUCUGACUCCCCUCCCCUCUCUGUGACGCUCUUUCAGCUCACAGGUACAUGGAUAUGAAACUCUUUAAAAUCAUCACUGAAAUCACUCUUUCAAAGUCAUUUAUUAAAACAGUUCAGUAACUUCUAAAUAUGACUAAAGCUUUACUUGUGGACUGAUCUGUGGAUUUAAACACUUGUUCAUAAUAGUAAAUUCAUACCAGCAGGUAUAAUAUAUAUGUAUGUGUUUAAUAUUUGCUUUACUGUAUGUUAGAAUAACUUUAAUAACCAUUAUUUCAACUAAAGUACGUUUGUUUAUCGAUAUAAAGAAACAUGUGACAGAAGAAGAAGAAGAAACAGGAUCAGCCUUUAGGGUUCGAUUUUAAUAGAUCAUUGUUGGAUUUUUAUUAUUAUUAUUUAUUUAUUUAUGUGCUGACUCAUUUAUUUACACAGGAUCCUCGUUCGUUUUUAUUGCAGUAUUGAUAAGAAACUUUUCUCCCUCAGGUCCAAACAAAAGAAGACAAAACAAAAUAUUCAAACAAUAGAGAUAAAGGAACAAACACAAGUUCAACUAAAGAAGAAAAGAGUUAAAUUUUUUAUUCAAAGGAUAAAAAGACAGGGACUGAUUCACAUCCACUUAUAAGAAGUUAAAUUAAACAAAAACAUCAGUUUGUCUUCCUGAUGAUGUUUAAAGUGUCAAAUUCUGUUUUUAAAGUUUACGUGACCGAGAGUAAAAAUAAAAGUAUUUCAGCUUUGAGAGUCUUUGAAUUUCUCCUGUUUCUCUGUCAUCCUGGUAUUUAGUCAAGUUAAAUGUUGACAGAGUUUAUUCUAGUUUAAAAUCACCUUAUACGUAAUUAUCCUCUUUGAAGACUUGGCUUAUGGUUAAAGUAACACAAGGCACACCAUCAAGAUAUUUCUAGAGUAAAAACAAAAAAGCUUCAAUGAGAGUUCAUCGUUUAUUGUUUGUAAUCUUUUUAAAAUAACAGCGUUUAGGAAUGCGCUCUUUUUGUUUCUACGUUUUGUAAAAUUUGAAUAUAUCAUCCAUAUCAUCCCUCAUCGUCUAUCAAUCAAGAUUCGGACUGGACUGACUCUUCCUCAUGAAGAUCACAACACUGGAGUGAUGGAUGUUUUUCAUCUUUAAGCAAAAUCUUGGAUUCUUUAAUUGAAUUUUAGAGUAAAUAUUGGGACAAAAAAUACAAAAAAAUGCAGAUAUUGUAAAUUUGACUUUCAGUUCAACCCUAAAGCUAAAAUGAAAACCUGCACAUUAAUAAUGUAGCAUUACAAGAUCCUCUAAGAUGCUUUUAAUCAUCCUGAUUGUGAAUAUAUGAAAUGCUUCUUCAUGAUUCUGAUAUUUCAUAAAUGCAGAAUCUUUGUGCUCAUAUUUUUUGCAUAAAUUACCUUUAAGAAACUGCAGUCCUCUUGUGCACACACCCACAUAUAUAAGGAGUUUUAAUUACUGUGCCCGUGUUUGCAGCUUCAUGCCUCUAUAUUCCUCUUUCAGUUUUUCUCUUUUUUCAUGUCAAAGAUACCGGAUAGAUCCCAGAGUUGUCUUGUGGUUAAACCUUCGAGCCAAAUAAUCUGAGAAGUUCAGACGGCUGGAAAACUUUCUAAUCUGCUCUCAAGUCGCAGACAAAUAUAACUCGUCAGGAUCAGAGCGAAAAAAGGUGCUGCGUCAUUUUUAGACCGAAAAUAGAUGUGAAACACGACUUCUACCCAGCUGCUAAAUAAAAAAUGAAUUCAUAGGACACACUGCAAUUAAAUAAAGCCAAUUAAGUGCAAAGUAAAUGUCACUUUAGGUUACGGACGAUGGGGUUUGUCCUUUAUUUGGUGUGUAAUAAAACCUAAUAUUGACAAAGCAAUAUCUGUUAAGCCCAAAGUUAUCAAAGUGUGACUGUUGACCUUUACGCUGCCAUGUUUGUUUUCCUCCCGCCCUUUAUCCAACAGCACUCUCAUUCUUUCCUCCCUGCACUAUCUCUUUCAGACACAUUCAUGCAUCGAACACACACUCACACACACUCACACACUCUCACACACACACUCUUUGUGCCUGCUCGCAUGUUUUUGAAGCCAGCAAGAGGUAAAUCUUGGCCCUCCGAGUGUUGGUGCAGUCAGUCGGGGUGUUCUGGAUAUAAACGUUGCUUUAGUCAGGACUGCCUCUGAUCUGCCUAAUCUCCCCGGGCUGGAUUACAGGUUGGGCCUCUAAUCCGUGAAGUGGGGUCUCUGUGAAUGUGCCUCUGAGUGCUCUAAUCCAGAGACUGUCAGGUGCUUUAGAUGAAAGCUAAUUGCAUGUCACAGUUUUGGGACCAUAAAUAACGCCGGUGACAACAGAGCCAGCUCGCGCAACAAGGACUCAGGUCUGAUGACGACUGGGCACGCACUCCAGAUGCACUGUGUAAUUUUGAUAAUCUUGGAGGAAAAUAGAGAAGAAAUCCCUUUAGAAAAAAAAAAAAUUGAUUCCAGCGACACCUCCUCUGACAAAAGUAUUCAUAACAGGAAGUUGCAGAAAAUUAAGGUGCUUUUCAAAACAAACUCUUGUAGGAAAUCUCAUUUCCUGGCUGACAAAAUGAUAAAACUUGAACUAAGCGUGUCCUCAACUCGCUCGGAUCUGCAUUGUUUAGGAAAUAUUCCCUCCAUCUGCACCUGGAAAUGUUGAAUUUGCACACACAGUGUUACUAAUUAGCCUGACAGUCACUUAAACCAGCUCAAAGCGCUUUUCUAAUAUCCCUUGAUCUGGUUUCAGGACUCCACUGAGACCGAAACCCAGUUACAGAGAAGCAUCAGUAAUUACUGCAGGAGAAAAUGAUAUUUCAUGUGAUCAUUAGAGACUAGUGUCUUAUCACUGCUCAGAAUAGCAAUAUUCAUGAAAACCAAGUUCGGCUUAUGGUUUGGAUUACAGGUCAAAGGUCACUUUGAGACAAUUUAUGCACUUGCAGUGAUUGGAGGAGCGCAAAAACGAGUUUAAAAUUCACAGAGAGCUGGUUUAAGACAUUUAUUUUAACAAUACUACAUAUAUAUUUGAUGAGAAGUCAGCCUUUCUUAACUCUAAAUUUGAACUAGAUAAUAAUAUUUAGUGUUAUUUAUGAUUUUUUUUAUGAUAUAAAGGUUAAUUUUAAAGAAACAGAUACAAAAUACAUACAAAUAUUUGCAACACUCGUCCUUAACGAACAUAAAAAAAUAUUAAAAUAUUGAGUUAAAAGGGAGAAAAUAAAGGUUAAAAUGGACCCAACAUGCAAGAAUAAAAUCAUAGUUUUAGCGCUGACACUGCGACAGAAACAGCUGAGUGCAGAUCUGUUCAAGAUUUGGUGGCUCUCCUAAAUGUUGUGAAGUGUGCAGUAAGUUCCAAACGAUCAGGUAACGAGUUUCAGGAUUUUUGCUCUUUUCACAGAAAACUGACAUGUUUUUUAGCAGAAUGAGACUUCACUGCUGCAGCUCUGCAGACCUGAUGCAUUUGCAGAAAUGCUAAGGAGCGAGUCCAUACUCUCUUAAAACCAAAACUACAAACAUUAUAUUAACCUCAAACAUGAAGAUGAUGUCUGAUUUGUUUCUUUGUUAAGUGUUUUUAAGGCUCGGCUGUAAAGACACUCUGAGGAUUUGAUUACUGACUCCUUGGCCUGAAACCAAGCAGCUAAAUCAGAGGACAGAUGUGAAAGUAUCAUAGUUAUUAUACAGUCAGAGCGUUAAUCAGUUUAUAACCAUCUUAAAAACAGCAGAGAUCAGCCUCAAUCAGCUGACAAAUCCUUUUGACAUGGCUCUCAAGAUUUAACUGAAAAUCUAAAAUUAUCUCCAAACACUUCACCUCUGCUACCUGUUCAACGAGGUCACCUUUUCUUCUGACAUGCAGCCGUUUUGUUGCAGGUAAUUAUUUUAAAAACAGACUGACUUCUGCUUUAUUUAGACGAGAGCAGCCUGAUUCAAACAGGAAGGAGGAGAGAAUACACAAGUUUUAUUUCUCUGUUUCACCAAAGAGAAAAUGUUGAGUGAGCAGGUGGAUUUAUGUGAACCAGAACCCCGACAGGGUGAGCAGGAGCAGAGGGGUCCUGUCUCAGCCUGAAGGGGUAUUUACUCAUUUGUGUGCGAUCCUACUUAUUACCUGGUUACCAACUGAAGCUACAAACAGGUUGACAUAAAAUAUUGAUUAAAGAUGAUUUAUGGAUACAGCCUGAAAGCAGAGUCCUUCUGAUUUCACAGGCAGCUCCGCUCUCAUGGCAACAGAUUGUAAUCAGCCUGCCUGCAGGAGGAAUAAACAGUGAACUAUUCAGUGUAGAGUUAUGAUCAAACCUUUUAAUGCUUAUUUGACAUAAUUCACAAUAAACUGUAUGUUAUGGUAAACAAGGUGAACAGUCUGAGACAUUUCUACAUUCAGCUCUCUGUGUGUACAGGAAUCUGUAACAGUGACUCAAAAUGCCGACAGGAAGCGCUUCCACCAAAAAUACAGCAACGUCCAUCUUUCCUUAUAGUGUCUGUGUUCUUCAGCUACUUUAUAUUUCAGCUUUGGAAAGUUUCAUCCUUGGCAUAUGUUGGCGUGUUGCUAUUAUUUAAAUGAAGUUUUGAUGCAAUUGUAUUUCCAAUUUAAAUUGUCCAGUUUGGUCCGUGUAUUAUCCGUCCAUUCAAUUAUUACAUUCAAUCUAGUAAACAAAAAACGAGUCAAUAUUUUGUUUGUUUGUUUUUUUCUUUUUAACCAAAAAAUAAAAAUUUAGUGUUUGUUUUCAUAUUUUCAGUUUAAAACAGGAUAUAAAAUCGAGAAGGAAACGAAAACAAAUAAUAAAUCUUAUUUACAGUUAGUGAUUUUGAGUGCACCUGUUUUGAGCAUACGUGCAUAGAGGCUACAUUGGCCUUCCCAUGAUCCUGAGCAACAGUUACCAUGGUGAAAGACACAACAGAGCGGUUCGAGCGCCAAAAUCUUAGGUUGUAACAGAGCUCUGGUUGUAAUUUUUUCUACAGUCAUAUCUUCCUCCUUCAGCGUGACCCUCCUGGCGUCUUUGAAUAAUACGUAGGAUGCGUCCGUCUCCAUGACAACAGGUUAGCCUUUCUCUACCGCUCUGGUCUGGAGUUUUUGGUCCACGUUGUUGACUAACGAAAAGUAGAUUUACUAUUUUGUUUUCGUUUCCAUCUCUAUUAUAUAUUCUGUUUUGAACUAAAAAUACGAAAACAAACACUAAUCUUUUAUUUUUUGGUUUUAUAGAAAAACAAAUAAACAAAAUAUUGACUCAUUUUUUCGAUUUUAGUUUACUAGAUUUAAUGGAAUAAUUGAAUGGACGGAUAUUUCAUGGACCCUAAUUAAUCUACAUUACAUUAUAUCCUGUUACAUGUCAUUUGUAAAUUUGUAUUGUAAAUUAGAGCACGUUCAUUAGUAUAUCAGAAUUAGUAUCUACCUAAAAUCAAGCUAGAAAGAAACUAACAUUUUCGUUAACAUAUCUGCUACAGGUUUUAUUUAACACAUAAGUAGCAUGGAGACCUAUAAUGGCGAGUCAUUAGGAUACAAUCUGAAUAGGAUGGGCCCCGAGACGGCACCUUGUUGGUCUCCUGCUGCAGACUUCAUUUAAUCGAUCACAGUAGUAUUUAUAAGCUUUUGAAUAUGAAUCAAGUCACGACAGAGAUUGUUCGGAGAAUUGAAAUAGAACAUUUUGAGUGUCAAAUGCCGUUAUUUACAGUGCAGAGGAACACUGCAGCGUUUCAUAGUCUUCAUUCUAACAGUGAAGAAGCAGCUGACUCUGUGGAAUGAUUCGAUCUGAAACCAAACUGUACAGGGUGGAAAAAAAGGGGUUUGUCUACAGGCAGCGUAGCAUUUAUCAGAGACGACCCUCUCCAUGUUGUGAAAUAGCCGCCGUAUUAACCUACAAGACACUUUUAUUUGCACCUUUUUAAGGGGAAAAUAAACAACCAACACCCUAAACAUUAGUAAAGCAAAGAAUAAAGAGUGGACUGUAAUAUCAUCAUGCUCUUUAUGGCUGCCUGGCCGACAGUCUAUAAGAAACGGCUUCACUGCUACUUUUACAUCCUAAGGAGCUUUAUGUUUGACUAUAAUGGUGCCAAUAAAUCCUGCACAGGAAGCCUCCUUCAUCCUCAGCCCCACUUUAUCUUUUGACUAUACAUCAGCAGCGGGGCAACAUGACAGACUUUUGUUUCCAGCAAUGGAAGACAAAGGGAGGAGUUCAUUAAUACAGUUUAACUGCCCCACUGCGCAGGGGAACGGCAUAAAUUCAUAUUCCUCUUCACCUCAUCGCUGCAACAGUCUGCUUUCUUUUUUUUUCUCUCUCUUCGACUGACUGCAAAGAUUUGGCUCCUCCACAUGUGAGAGGCUUUGAUUUGACUCUGCGUAUCAUGUUGCAUUAAAAAAAACACUCAGGCUAUGUUUCUCGAUCCCAGAGAGCGAGAAAGAUAUAGCAGCCGCUCAGCCAAAGUCUCCACAAUGCCACAAACGGUUCAUCCGCAUCAGGUCGUUCAUCAUCGAAGCCUCUCCAAAACAACUGGGGGCUAUCUUUUCAAAGUCCUUCACUCUGGAGUUCAUAAAAUGAACGCAUGCGUCAGAGAGAGAUCACAACUCCUGAAACAGUUCAAACAGUUGGGGCUGCACACGCUCUCCGGGUUUCAGCUCCGCAAUGUCAUUCAGGGAACUUUCUGAAUGAGAGAGGACCUUAUUUUCAGAGUAUUGAUCGAGAGGUGAAGGUACAAAAUGUAAACGCUUCGAACAGAUAGAUCUGCUGUCACGUUCCAGGGCCGGGGUUUGGACGUCACUGUCAGCGGCCUCUGUAGGGUGCACGGGGAGUCUCAGCUCCCUCAUCUAUGUGAUUGUUAGAGGAGAGACACAAAAUGAAUCAUCAAUCAUCCAUUCAGGCCACAUUCAGCAGGUAAUAGUCUGCUGUUGCAUCACGUCUGCAGCCGAGAAGCGCUUCAUUCAUCUCGAUGUAUGGCAGGAAUACCCUUAAUCUUGAUUAAGACUCUCUGCACAAGAUGUUUCACACUGUAAGAGUCGGUCACAGUGUUAACACUGUUUGUUAAAGGUGCAGACAGCCGUGCACGGGGAUAAAUCCUCUGUAUUAAUCGACCUCUCCUCCUCUUAGGUUAUUUUUGAUUAGUAGGAUGUUGGGAUGGUGUUGAAAAAUGGGGAUAAUGCAGAUAUGCAAGUUCACAGAGUGUUUAUUAGAGUCUGGCUCCAAAAAAUCUCAAUUAGUCCCCAAAUUAAAAGGUCCAUAUUUGAAGGAAAAUGAUCCCAAGGUUUGGGGAAUGGUCUUGUUGGGUGAUCCGUGGAUAUUUGUGGGUGACUUAAGCUAUUCAUCAGAGAAAUCUGGGCUUGCACUCCUUUGAAAGAGAAACUGUUUCAUCAAAGUGCAGAUUUUUUUACUUCGCUUGUUAGCAGGUCAGUGUCCGUCAUGUAGAAGUCAGGAUUAUUGAUGGCUUCUCCUUAGAAAGAUUGCAGUGGACGAAAGUGUCAAGAAAACUGAUUAUUUGAAGUUAUUCAGUGAGUGUGGUCCACCUCAGAGAGUCCACCACGUUCCACAAGCUCUCUUUGCUCCAGAGACCUUACUCAUUUGCCCCUUCUAUCAUGUUAUUGCAGUUAAAAAAACCUUUUACUGGGGUCUGUUAAAACCUUCAUUUGGUGCCUUUCAUCUGUCAUUACUUUUUCAGCUUGUAGGUGUUUCUUUUUACACAGCUUUAUAGCCAUGAAACAACCUGAAUGUUAUAUCUUUACGAAGAGUGCCUGGGGCGCAUGGUUGGCACUAGGCCUGAACGAUAUAUCGUUUGACUAUCGUCAUCGCGAUGUACGUGUGUGCGAUAGUCACAUCACAGAGCCUGCGAUAUUGGAGGUGAAUGAACUCAUUUAAUUUCAAGGGUAACCGACUGAGAUACACUCCAUGUGACUCUGCAUGUGCUGUGCAGCGAUCCACCAAUCGCCUUCGUCCUUAACUCAGUUGCCAAUCAGACUCACUUCUCAGUUGCCAAUCAGACUGCCCUGCCAGCUGUCAAUCAAAAUCAGGGAGGAGAAAACCCACCCCUGCACAUGUUCUGCACAUGGAGGGAGACGUGUGUCCGCUGAGAAUUACUUUCGGAACUUUACUGACUGUUAAGCCCAACAAAUAAGAACUGUAUGGGUUUUAAAUUGUACAUUUCCGUGGACCACUCUACUAUAAGCAGUGCGCGUUUUGCGAGGUGCAUGCAAUUCUCGGAGGACAUGCGUUUCUCGGCACAACACCGCUAACAACAACAACAACGAUCGCAAAAUGAACAACGAACAAGCGAAAACCACCGAAAAUGAAGAUUUGUUGCCAAAAAGAAAAGGAAAGUCAGUUAUCUGGAAUUAUUUCGGUUAAAAGAAGGAUGAUGUCGACCAAAACACGUCUUCUGUGUUCAUCUGUCGCCACAAUAACGUCCCAGCACAAUAAAAGCUAAAAAUAUCUCUGAGACAGACAGAAGCCGUUCUACUAACAUUCACAAAAAGAGGUAAGAUCAGAGCAGAUUAACUGUCCUCAAGAUUUCAGCAGUGCAGCAUAACAUUAAGUGCUAUUCAGGUCAUCUGGUGAAAAUACUGUAUUUUUAAUAUCGCAAUAUAUAUCGCAGGGUUGAAAAAAUCGCAAUAUUAUUUUUUUCCAAUAUCGUGCAGCCUUAGUUGGCACCCACUUGGCUCUUCACAUCCUCAAUUGUUGCAUUAGCUUGGAACAGUCCCAGGUUUCAGUAACAGCUGAGGUGCAAAUCCAGCUUGUACUGAAUCAACAAAGUGCAGAGUGAAGGAAGUCACAUCUCGUCUUUUAUCUUUGUCCUGGUAGGGUGGCACGACCUGGCACUAGGUUGUGAUUAUAUCUUGAUAUUUGGUGGUUUUUUUUGUCCAAAAAUGAUCACCGUGGGAUCCCAAAACCAAUAUGUCUUAAGGCUUUGUAUUUGCAUUUCAGAAACCACUAUUUACACAGUCUAGGGUUAGUCCAGGGUGAGUCUAAGAAGAAGCAUUUAUUAUGUGCAUGCAUCUACCCAAUGCCAAUACCCAGCAGGACUUCGACGUUGGACCACUCUCCAAUACUACCAAUGAGAAAAGCUCACAUUAAUCCAGUCAGCUGUCCUUCACCAAGAGUGAACUCACUUCUCAGCCUGAAAAAUAAAUGGCUAUGUUGAAGGGUGCAGGUUUGGACCAGGCAUCCCAUGCACAGAGGCUACAGUCCUCAUGACACUGGUCCUGGGAUUUAUUCCUGGUUAGUAUGGCAGUGCAGAUGCACAUCACACCCCUCUCUUUCCCUCUCUCAAACUGUCCAAUCAAAUAAAGGCAAAAAAGGUCCAAAAUAACCCAAUUUGAGAGCUGAUCUCUGGCAAUCAAGGUAGGAGUUCAGUCUACGAACACUGACAGAGAAAUCUCACAUUUUCAGACAUCUUGAAGGUUUCUUUGGAUUCAGGUCUCCAAUUUCUGUCAAAAAGAUUUCACAUUAUUUAGACUUUUCAGAUGUUUUUUCCCUUUAUAAUUCAAAUCAUCUUUAUCCUAUUUGUAAGAAAUUCAAAUCAAGCCACGAACGUUUUGAGCAUGCCAAAAAGAGGUCAUUGAAUAUGUUUGUAUUUUGAUGAACGAGGAACUGAAUGGCUGCGUCUGCGACUCAUGAAUGAGAACUUCACUCUGGAGGUGGUGAACGAGUGCUCCCAGAGGAGUUUUUGAACAUUGAUUCUCUGUACAGAAGGGAUGUUUGAUUCUCAGUUAAGGUUUACGGUAAGUUAUAGAGGAAACUCCCCGAGCAUAUAGAGGGUGCACUAAGGGUCUCCCCGAGCAUAAGAAAUGAAGGGUAUAUAUAUAUAUUUUUUUCAUAUAUAUAUAUAUAUAUAUAGGGGCAUUAUGUAGUAAAGCGUUAUGAAAAUGGCAUAGUAUCAUAUGAUAAACAUGUCAUAGAGUUGUAUAAUAAAAAAUGUCUAAGUAUGAAUUAAUAAAAAUAUCAGUAAAGUAUGAUAAAAAUGUCAUAGUAUUGUAUGAUUAAAAAUGUCAUUGUAUAGAAAGAUAAAAAUGUAAAAUUACAGUUUGAUAAAGAUUUCAUAGUAUGGUAUGAUAUAAGUUGCGUAUUACAGUAUGAUAAAAAAAAUUUUUUGGUUUAAAAAUUUUCAAAUUUCAGUGUCAAAAACUCUCAUAGUAUAGUAUGUUAAAUACUGUCAUAGUAAAGAAUUAUGUAAAAUGUCAUAGUAUACUUUGAUAAAAAAUUUCAGAUUUUGGUAUGAAAAAACAUGUCAUAGUAUAGUAUGUUUAAAACAAGUCAUAGUAUCAUAUGAUAAAAAAAUAUAUAUUUUGGUAUGAAAAAAUGUCAGUAUAGUAUGAUAAAAAAAUUCAAAUUUCAGUGUCAAAAAAUUGUCAUAGUAUAGUAUGAUAAAAUUUUCAAAUUUUGGUAUGAAAACAAAAUGUCAUAGUAUAGUAGGUUAAAAAUGUCAUAGUAUAGUAUGUAAAAAAAUAAGCAUUUUGGAAAAAAAAAUCCUUGUUUGUUUGAUAAAAAUGUCAUAGUAUAUUAUGAUAAGAAAUUCCGAUGUUGGUAAAAAAAAAAAACAGUUCACAAUGUUAAAACAUGCCUUAGUAUAGCAUGACAAAAAAAUUCAAAUUCUUGGAAUCAAAAAAAUGUCAUAGUACAGUAUGAUCAGAAUUUUAAAUUUUGGUAUGAAAAAAGAUGUCAUAGUAAAGUAUGUUAAAAAUAGGUCAGUAUUGUAUGAUAAAAAAAAAUGGUAUGAAAAAAUGUCAUAGUAUAUUAUGUAAAUAAAUCCAAAAGUAUAGUAUAAAAAUGUCAUAGUAUAGUAUGACAAAAAAUUUCAAACAUUGGUAUGAAAAAAAAAAAGUCAUAGUAUAGUAUGUUAAAAAAUGUCAUAGUAUAGUAUGAUAAAAAUGUCAAAAUUUUGGUCGUGAAAAAAAAUGUCAUAGUAUAGUAUGAUAAAAAUUUCAAAUUUUAGUGUGAAAAAAUGUUCAUAGUAUAGUAAAAAAAGUCAUAGUAUAGCAUGACAGUAUGUAAAAAAAAUAAGCAUUUUGGAAAAAAAACAUUCCUUGUUUGUUUGAUGAAAAUGUCAUAGUUUAGUAUGAUAAAAAAAAGUCCAUUGUUGCUAUAAAAAAAAAUGUCAUAGUAUAGUAUGAUAAAAAAUAAGUCCAUUGUUGCUAUGAAAAAAAUGUCAUAGUAUAGUAUGAUAUAAAAAUUCAAAUUUUGGUUUGAAAAAAUGUCAUAGUAUAAUAUGUAAAUAAAUCCAAAAGUAUAGUAUAAAAAUGUCAUAGUAUAGUAUGACAAAAAAUUUCAAACAUUGGCAUGAAAAAAAAAAUGUCAUAGUAUAGUAUGUUAAAAAAUGUCAUAGUAUGGUAUGAUAAAAAUGUCAAAAUUUUAGUCGUGAAAAAAAAUGUCAUAGUAUAGUAUGAUAAAAAUUUCAAAUUUUAGUGUGAAAAAAUGUUCAUAGUAUAGUAAAAAAAGCCAUAGUAUAGCAUGACAUUAUGUAAAAAAAUUAAGCAUUUUGGAAAAACAACAUUCCUUGUUUGUUUGAUGAAAAUGUCAUAGUAUAGUAUGAUAAAAAAAGUCCAUUGUUGCUAUAAAAAAAAAUGUCAUAGUAUAGUAUGAUAAAAAAAUAAGUCCAUUGUUGCUAUGAAAAAAAUGUCAUAGUAUAGUAUGAUAUAAAAAUUCAAAUUUCGGUUUGAAAAAAUGUCAUAGUAUAAUAUGUAAAUAAAUCAAAAAGUAUAGUAUAAAAAUGUCAUAGUAUAGUAUGACCAAAAAUUUCAAACAUUGGCAUGAAAAAAAAAAUGUCAUAGUAUAGUUUGUUAAAAAAUGUCAUAGUAUGGUAUGAUAAAAAUGUCAAAAUUUUGGUCGUGAAAAAAAUGUCAUAGUAUAGUAUGAUAAAAAUUUCAAAAUUACUAAUUUUUAUAGUAUAGUAAAAAAAAAAGUCAUAGUAUAGCAUGACAGUAUGUUAAAAAAAUAAGCAUUUUGGAAAAACAACAUUCCUUGUUUGUUUGAUGAAAAUGUCAUAGUUUAGUAUGAAAAAAUUCAAAUUUUGGUCUGAAAAAUUGUCAUAGUAUAUUAUGUAAAUAAAUAAAAAAAUAUUGUAUAAAAAUGUCAUAGUAUAGUAUGACAAAAAAUUUCAAACAUUGGCAUGAAAAAAAAAAAGUCAUAGCAUAGUAUGUUAAAAAAUGCCAUAGUAUAGUAGGAUAAAAAAUUUGGAAUUUUAGUAGUGAAAAAAAAAGUAAAGUAUUAAAAAAAUGUCAUAGUAUAGUAUGAUAAAAAAAAUCAAAUUUAAGUGGAAAUAAAAAUGUCAUAGUAUAGUAUGAUAAAAAUGUCAAAAUUUUGGUCGUGAAAAAAAUGUCAUAGUAUAGUAUGAUAAAAUUUCAAAUUUACUAAUUUUUAUAGUAUAGUAAAAAAAAAGUCAUAGUAUAGCAUGACAGUAUGUUAAAAAAAUAAGCAUUUUGGAAAAACAACAUUCCUUGUUUGUUUGAUGAAAAUGUCAUAGUAUAGUAUGAUAAAAAAAGUCCAUUGUUGCUAUAAAAAAAAAUGUCAUAGUAUAGUAUGAUAAAAAAAUAAGUCCAUUGUUGCUAUGAAAAAAAUGUCAUAGUAUAGUAUGAUAUAAAAAUUCAAAUUUCGGUUUGAAAAAAUGUCAUAGUAUAAUAUGUAAAUAAAUCAAAAAGUAUAGUAUAAAAAUGUCAUAGUAUAGUAUGACCAAAAAUUUCAAACAUUGGCAUGAAAAAAAAAAUGUCAUAGUAUAGUUUGUUAAAAAAUGUCAUAGUAUGGUAUGAUAAAAAUGUCAAAAUUUUGGUCGUGAAAAAAAUGUCAUAGUAUAGUAUGAUAAAAAUUUCAAAAUUACUAAUUUUCAUAGUAUAGUAAAAAAAAGUCAUAGUAUAGCAUGACAGUAUGUUAAAAAAAUAAGCAUUUUGGAAAAACAACAUUCCUUGUUUGUUUGAUUAAAAUGUCAUAGUUUAGUAUGAUAUAAAAAUUCAAAUUUUGGUCUGAAAAAAUGUCAUAGUAUAUUAUGUAAAUAAAUCAAAAAGUAUAGUAUAAAAAUGUAAUCGUAUAGUAUGACAAAAAAUUUCAAACAUUGGCAUGAAAGAAAAAAUGUCAUAGUAUAGUAUGUUAAAAAAUGCCAUAGUAUAGUAUGAUAAAAAAAAUCAAAUUUUAGUGUCAAAAAAUUGUCAUAGUAUAGUAUGAUAAAAAUGUCAAAAUUUUGGUCGUGAAAAAAAUGUCAUAGUAUAGUAUUAUAAAAUUUCAAAUUUACUAAUUUUUAUAGUAUAGUAAAAAAAAAGUCAUAGUAUAGCAUGACAGUAUGUUAAAAAAAUAAGCAUUUUGGAAAAACAACAUUCCUUGUUUGUUUGAUGAAAAUGUCAUAGUAUAGUAUGAUAAAAAAAGUCCAUUGUUGCUAUAAAAAAAAAUGUCAUAGUAUAGUAUGAUAAAAAAAUAAGUCCAUUGUUGCUAUGAAAAAAAUGUCAUAGUAUAGUAUGAUAAAAAUUUCAAAAUUACUAAUUUUUAUAGUAUAGUAAAAAAAAAAGUCAUAGUAUAGCAUGACAGUAUGUUAAAAAAAUAAGCAUUUUGGAAAAACAACAUUCCUUGUUUGUUUGAUGAAAAUGUCAUAGUUUAGUAUGAAAAAAUUCAAAUUUUGGUCUGAAAAAUUGUCAUAGUAUAUUAUGUAAAUAAAUAAAAAAAUAUUGUAUAAAAAUGUCAUAGUAUAGUAUGACAAAAAAUUUCAAACAUUGGCAUGAAAAAAAAAAAAGUCAUAGCAUAGUAUGUUAAAAAAUGCCAUAGUAUAGUAAGAUAAAAAAUUUGGAAUUUUAGUAGUGAAAAAAAAAGUAAAGUAUUAAAAAAAUGUCAUAGUAUAGUAUGAUAAAAAAAAUCAAAUUUAAGUGUAAAUAAAAAUGUCAUAGUAUAGUAUGAUAAAAAUGUCAAAAUUUUGGUCGUGAAAAAAAUGUCAUAGUAUAGUAUGAUAAAAUUUCAAAUUUACUAAUUUUUAUAGUAUAGUAAAAAAAAAAGUCAUAGUAUAGCAUGACAGUAUGUUAAAAAAAUAAGCAUUUUGGAAAAACAACAUUCCUUGUUUGUUUGAUGAAAAUGUCAUAGUAUAGUAUGAUAAAAAAAAGUCCAUUUUUGCUAUGAAAAAAAUGUCAUAGUAUAGUAUGAUAAAAAAAUAAGUCUAUUGUUGCUAUGAAAUAAAAAGUCAUAGUAUAGUGUGAUAUAAAAAUUUCAAACAUUGGCAUGAAAAAAUGUCAUAGUAUAGUAUUUGAAUUAAUCCAGUUUAUAUAGUAUAGUAUAAUGAAAAUGUCAUAGUGUAGUAUGAUAAAAUUUUAAAAAUUGGUAUGAAAAAAAGUCAUAGUAUGUUGAAAAAUGUUAUAUAGUGUAUGUCAAAAAAUGUUUCAGUAUAGUAAAACUAAAAUUUUAGUAUGAAAAAAUAUUUUUGUAAAGUAUCACUUUAAUAUCAUAUACUAUGAUGAAAAUUUCAUAGUAAAGUAUGAUAAAAAAUCAUAGUAUAGUAUGAUAAAAAGAAAUCACAGCAAAAUAUGUUUAAAAAAUCAUAGUAAAGUAUGAUCAAAAUGAGUCAUUAAUUUUCCUAAUAAGCAUAUUUUUUCUUCAUAAAAGGAAGCCAGAAUGCCGGUAUAGGUCCCAUGCGUGCAUUGGAUGAACAUGCAAACUCUACACUGAAGGUCUUGCCCAACCCGGGAAUUGAACCAGUGACCUUCACGUUGCGAGACAUGAGUGCUACCUGUUGCGCCACAGUGCUGUGCAUCAUUGCAUAGCAUGAUAAAAAUCUCAUAGUAUAGUAUGUUGAAAAAAAAAAUCAUAGUAAAAUAUAAUUUAAAAAAAUCAUAGUAUAGUUUGAUAAAAAUGUCAUAGUAUAGUAUGAUAAAACAUCAUAGUAGAAGAUGAUACAAAUAUCACAUGCACUGAAAGAACAAGCACACUCCACACAGACAUGACGUGGACUGCCCAGGGAUCGAACCGGGAUCUUCUUGCUGUAAAGCAGAUGCCCUACCUGCUGAACCACCAUAGCACCUGAUAAAAAAUAUUAAAGUAUAUUAUGAUAAAAUACAUUAUAGAAUAGUGUGAUAAAAAUAAUGGUAAAGUAUGAUAAAAAUACCAAAGUAUAGUAAGAUAAAAAUGCCAUAGUAAAGUAUGAUCAAAAUAUCACAGUAUAGUAAGAUAAAAAUGUUGUUGUUAUAUUCGAUAAAAAUGUCAUUGUAUAGUAUAAUUAAUAAUCAUAGCAGAGUAUGAAAAAAAUAUUAUAGUGUAGUAUUGCAAAAAUGUUAUGGUAAAAUAUGAUAGGCUCUGGAGCCGCAUGCGGCUCUUUCUUCCCUAAGCUGCGGCUCCCAAUGGAUUUGGAAAAUAAAUAAUAAAUACUUAAUUGCAUUUUAUUUUAUUUUAUUAUUAUUAUUAUUAUUAUUAUUUGUAAUUCUAAAUUCAAAGAUUAUAAUGCUCUUGUAACAUUAAAUAAACUAUUAAGGCUGCAACAACGAAUCGAUUAAGUAGAUUCGUCGUGACGAAAAAAUCCGUUGCCAACAAAUUCUGUAAUCGAUUCGUCCAUCCAUGGACACCGGCGUGUAAACAUCAGCAGGACGCACAGAAAAGAAACAGCCAUGGCCGAGGCAGCGGCUGAGAAAAACAUGGACACAACCCAACCCCAAUCCCGACCUAAAACAUCAGUGGUGUGGGAAAACUUCACCAAGACUGUUCAGUGCAACAUUUGCAAAGACCAUUUUGCAUGGCUCGGGAGUACAUCGAUGAUGCGUGAGCACAGGGCUCUCAAGUUUCACGCAUUCAGCGUAUGACACACGCAUUCCCACUCGUUCACACGCUCACACACCACACAUUGUAUUUCUCACGCAUUUAAAUGAACACGGUGAUGUCCACCAAGUUGCACUUCUUUAACUAUGGAACAGGGGGAAAUCAACUGAGUUCCUCUGAGAGUUCAGAAGCUGCGUGCCAUGCACAAGCCAAUCAAAUAAAGUAGAUCUACUGAACAGCCAAUCAAAAAGCAGCAUUGCUGUAUCCGGGUAGAUUUUGAUAUUUUGCGGUUUAACUACAGAAGAAGACAGACACUCGCCGAAAUAGUUCAUUUAUUUUAUAAAUGCAACUCGCUACAGUUUUUUAUAUACUUUGUAUAAAGGUAAAAAAAAGAUAUAUACAAUGUUAUCUUCAUUUUAGAUGUCAAAGAGGUUUUAUGGCUCCCUGUGUUUUCUUUUCUGUGGGAAACUGGUCCAAGUGGCUCUUUGAGUGUUUAAGGUUGCCGACCCCAAGUAUAGUAUGAUAAAAAAAGUUAAGUGUGAUAAAAAUAUCAAAGUAUAGUAAGAUAAAAAUGUCAGUAUAUUUCGAUUAAAAUGACAGUAAAGUAUUAUUAAAAAAAUCAUAGUAAAAUAUGACAAAAAUAUCUUGUUGUAGUAUGGUAGAAAUGUCAUAAUAUAGGAUGACAAAAAAUCCCUUUAAGGAAUGAUUUAAAAAAAUUAUAGUAUAGUAUGAUAAAAAAUAUCAUGGUAUUGUAUGAUAAAGAGAUCAUAUUAUAGCAUGAAAAAAUGUCAUACUAUAUUAAGUGUAAAAAAAAAUCAUAUUUAAAGGGAUAUUCCAGCGUAAAAUGGGUCAGACACACCGUUUUACUGAGUUAGACACCCCCUUGAGAGAUGAAUGUUGCCGCCUGCUUGCAUCUCUUGUUAUACCAACUUUGGUAACGACUGUACAAUAGCAAUGCACAGCACACGUGCACGCCUCAACCAAAAAGGCACUCGUAACCAUAAAUAAUGCUCAGAACAGCACCUAACUUUAUCAACAGUACAUAUAGGGUUCACCCACUCUCUUUGAGCAGCCACUUGUUUGUGGGGGGAGCCUGGAGGAGUCCAAAAAAAUCUGGACUUUUUAAUUUUUCAUAUCUACUGGUCUUAACUCAGACCUUAAAAAUGUGAAAGUCCCAGUCAAAUUGGGAUGUCUGGUCACCUCAGUCCCAUCACUGUUUUAAUGCAGUUUCUGAUCCUAUUAAAGUAAAUCUUGUGCAUUUUUAAAAUGAGGUUAUUUCAGAGAUGUUUUGUGCAACCUUAACAAAGAUAUGAUCCCCAUGGUUGAUAUUUGGUUUGUGCUUUCAGGUUACCAGUGCUGACUCACGAAGUUCAGAAAGUUCAGCGUUGAGAGAGAGCUCCAAAUCCAAAGUGAAGACUUACUGGACCGAAAGCAGCAAGGCCUUUUCCAUCAGCCGCCUGCUGUCCCAGACCCUCUAUGAGAAGGAAAACUUCACCUCCCUGGACCUGAACUACGACGACGAUGCAGACACGUACUCUAAACGAGAGCAGUGGAACUGGCUUUACAACGCCUCAAACCCUCGAGACCCUCGAUCCAGGACAAAGCGGAGACCCAUUGUCAAGACUGGGAAGUUCAAAAAGAUGUUCGGCUGGGGUGACUUCCACUCCAACAUCAAGACGGUGAAGCUCAACCUCCUCAUUACCGGGAAAAUCGUGGAUCAUGGCAAUGGGACCUUCAGCGUCUACUUCCGCCACAACUCCACCGGACAAGGCAACGUCUCUGUGGGCCUUGUGCCGCCGACAAAAGCCGUGGAGUUCCAGGUCCACCAGCCGCACCAGCAGUUCCACCACCAUCACCACCAGCAGCAGCAGACGGCUCUCGAGACGAAGGAAACCAAGCUGUUCAACUGCAGGGUGGAGUACGAGAAGGUGGAGAAGGGCACCAGGAAUUCGCUGUGUGCCCACGAUCCGUCGCAGAGCUGCCCACAGGAGCAGACGCAGAGCCACGUGUCCUGGCUGUGCUCCAAGCCCUUCAAAGUCAUCUGCAUCUUCAUCACCUUCUACAGCACUGACUACAAGCUGGUGCAGAAGGUUUGUCCAGACUACAACUACCACAGCGACACCCCUUACCUCCCCACCGGGUGAUCACGUGACCAGACGAGGAAGUGGGGGGAAAAAAGACGCAGAGACAAGCUUCCGGGUCCAGAUCGGUGUCAGAUUAUUUGAGUGAAAUCGGAGUCCGGACACUUCAAACUUGAGAUGUUGACAGGCAUUUUUACAGCUAACAUCCUGAUCGCAAGACUGACGUUGCUCCAAUGAACAGACCAACCCUGAGGUCAUUAUGAGCGCAUUUAGGGAAGCAUUAUAGGCCCGCAACCUUCAUAUUAUAUGCAUAGCUGCCUGCCUGCUUACAUCGAAAGGAAAUUCUCAAGCCAACCGUAAAAAUAUGCUGAUUGUAUUUAUGUAAAUAUUAUGGAUUCUACACAAAGACCAGAAAACAGUUUUAUUAAUGUUUUCUCUCGCUAAUUUAGUUGUUUACGUUGAUAGUGUGUUUCCGUCUCAAUCAUGCUUUCUGUCUUUUCCAAUCAGUCUCCAGUAAUCACCGCAAACACGUAAAUGUCAACGCAAAUAUGAAGAAUCUGUCAGUUUGCAUUAGAGGGCAUAAUGGGAAAAGCAAACAUAUUUUGAGUGGUGUUGUUUUCUGCAGUGUGAUUGUUCGAGUGAGUAUACCUCCCUGAUGUCGUCGUCGUCGUCGGAUCCUCGUCCAUGUCCGUGCAUGAACCGAAUGUGGUAAACAACUGAACAAAUAACGUCCAUCUAUAUUUUUGUGUUAUCACAGCUGUCAGAAAUAAUCUCCGUCAAGCCCCAGGAGGUGAAGAAAAAAAAGGUCCUUCUGUUUAAAUUCUGUGUGUCGUGUGUUCGCAGCUUUAAGGCCAUAGGUGACGUGAAGCAAUCAGCGCCGAUGGAGGGUUCUCAUCGCGUCAAACACGAGCGAGUAAAUGUUUCAAAAAAUAAAUAAAACUUGCAAAAGAGACGCAAGAUGACAGAGAGACUGAACUGCUCCUUUAAAAAAAAUCAAACGUACCUGACUGUGCUUUAAUUCUGCUGUUUUUUCAGUCCUGCAUUUCCAUUUCAGCGCUUGUAUUUAAGACUUACAAGUUCAGCACAUAAACUUUCAACCCCUGCAUCACUCCCGUGACAAGCAGCCUGUAGUAAGACGUGUCAGAGCCACAGUGCCCCCGCAGUAUCCAAAAAUAACGCUGGUAUAAUCAUUUACACAGAGAAAGUGCUUGAUAAUGAGAAACAAAACAAGGUCAAAAGAAGUUCAAAGUGUUUAAAAAAUAGAUAUUUGAACAAGCAGAAAAAAGGAAGCCAUGGAGAGGAUCAUUUUCUAAAGUUCAUGCAUCAAAGACCGACGAGAACAAACAGCUCGUUCGGAUGUGAGAUGUUGUAAAAAGUGAAUUCCUGCUCCUGGAAAGACAGGACAUACAUUAAACAGCAGGUGCUAAUCACACGUUCCACCUAUGAAGCGUUCGCACCUCUGGUUAUCAGAAGAAAUAAAAAAUAAAAAUCCUGGAUGAGACUAACUCUGGCUGUUAAUGAUAUUGGAUGUUCCAAUUGGCUAUUAAACCUUCAUUACACAAAUUGGGAGCCAGUGGCUGCGUGUGAAGCAUUUAGAGGAAAUGAACACAGUGUAAGUGGGAGCUCUGCAGAGUCAACACCAUACAAAGACUGAAUUAAAGUGCUGAUAGAAAACCUGUAAAAAAAACGCACAAAUGUGCACCUAGGGGCGCAAUCACUGCUGUCUAUUUAAAUUCAGUGCAGUUCGGGAUGGUAUACGCGGCACAGUAACUGCUAAUGGCAGCCUGGACGACAUCCAAUAUGCCAACAUGGGGUGUUUUUUGUGACAAGGCAGGCCAGAGAAUAGGGGUCUGCCUGUGGCAUGAGUGAGCAUAAAGAGGAAUUUAUGAUGUGGAGGAACAAGGCUGGCAGAAAUCACUGGAAGCACCUGACUCGUAAAUUGAGAGCAUGUUUCUGUCAGCGAGAAGAAGGAAUGACUAAUGUCUCAGAUUGCUGUUUAGGCCAGUUCUUUCAUCUCAAUAAAGUGACUUUGAUAUCUCUCCACCCCUUCCCAAAUGUGCCAGGGACAGUUUGUUCAGCUUCAAAGAAUUAAAGCAGCUCUCUGCCGAGACAAUGCAGCCUCAUUAUGCACGUAAUCUUACAAGUGUAAACAGUCUGGCACAGAAGUGUUUGGUGUGAGAGCUGCUGAGAGAUGGAGCCGUUCCCUGACUGAUGUCGUCUGAGGGGAAAUUCUGCGUAUUAUGCUGUGUACUGAUUAAGGCCAAAUCAACAGUGACCUUAUAAAUUACACAAGUAUUUACAAAUCUAACUGGAAGCUGCACACGUCGACGGUUUAACAUCAACAACAGAUAUCUCAUGAAGGUGUCACUUGUUGUGUUGUUUGUUUUUAAGAGCAAAGAUGACCAACUUUAUUAAUGAUGUGUAUUUUAUGUAUCCCUGAGUUGGCAUGGUCCCUCCAAAAAAAAAAAGGUCACACAGCCGUCCUUGAUAGUACUUGAUCCUGAUUUGUCAAAACCCCAAAACAAUUUUAAUAAAAAUAGUAAAGCCAGGGAUGACCUGAUAUCAUCAUAUCAAACUGUUCCACAGAGAAGAGUCCAGCACAUCUAUAAAGUCCAUGAUUUCACCUCAGGCUGUUAACAAUGUAGAAAAAAUGCUAGUUUAUAAAGUGUUUUUUUUACUCUUACUUUCAAUUUAUUUAAAGAGCAGAAAACUUCAUAUUUGAGAUUAAUAAAUGAUUAAUUGUCAGUAGACACAGUGCUGACAGUGUGCAGGUAAGAGGUGGUAAGAGCUCAUAAGAUGAUAAGUAUGAGGGACAUCUACCAAAUUAAAGAAAACAGGCACAAAGAAACCACAAACUGCAACACAAAAAUGCCAACAGGAAAGACUUUAAACAGGCGCUGCUGUAUAUCUGCUUAUAUUUAAAACUGUCAAAAGAAAAAAUAGUCAUAUUGUGACUUUACCGUGUCUCAAAAUGUUGAGUUUAAUCUGAAUUAUACGCCACAAAACAUCAAAACUACAUCAAAAGUGUUAAGUCUAAUUUAGCUUUACAAGUCCAGAUAGAAAUCUGGUUUCAGGAUCUGUCAAUUAUUAUCAAGAUCCCAAAACUUGUAUAUCCAAAAACACAAGUUUUCAGUUCUAUGUGAGAGAAACUACAUAAAAAUGAAUCUGAUAGCUAAAUUAAGAAAACGUGAUUGUUAAAUUUGUUCAAUUAUGAAAGUAUUUUAAUUUCAAUUGACUGAACAACUAUAUAUUUCUGUCUUAUUUUUUGCUUUUAAUACCUUAAAAUAAGAUGGACUGUAUAUCUGGACUGGUUAGGAGCAUGUACAGCAAAUAUUAAGUUUAAUCUUUUUUUUUAUUAUUUGAAAAGAGUCAAAAAAACUUGCUCAUUGUUGAGUUUUUGCUGUGUUAGAGUAAAGGAGAUUGCAAAUACUGAGUUUAACUUGAAUUGGACUUUUGAUGUUUUCAUAUGAUACCAACCAUAAAAACUGAGGAACUAUUUUUCUCGUCUCACCCCGUCUGGGUUCAUAUUCAACUCAAACACCCGCUCACUAAACACGAUCCCUUAUAUAACAAUAUUAUUUUUCAAAGCCACAGGAAACGCACGAACCAAAUGUUUACUCACUGCUUCAGGCUCAGCUUCCCGAAAAAUUCCUGUUACCUGGUUAAUAAAAGAGAACAGCAGCACUAACAGUUCAUUAGCAGCGGGGAGAAGUGAUAACUGUGUUGGCAGAUCUGACAUGACGGUGUUUUUUUGGUCGGAGGCAAAUCUGGAACAAAGUGAAUUUUCUCCUGCCAUUUUUGUGUCAGAACUUUGGAAGAAAUGCGUUAGUGGGAAAAAGGGUCAAAUAUUGACUCUGGUAAUUAUAAAAAGGAGAGCGUGGUCAGAAUCUGUCUUCAGUACAGCUUACUGUUAAAGGAGCGGGCUGUGGUUUUCUCCUGAGAGACUUCAGCUGUUAGAUAAAGAGCCUGAGACCACCAGGGCCCUCAGAGUUUUUGUUGUUGUUGUUUUUGUACAAGAGUGUUAUCGUGAUUUUCAUAAAUAUACACAAAUCUAAUUUGUACAACCUCAGAGCAGACAGAGAUCUUUGGUGACCUUCUACAGACACGUCUUGACCACAGAUCUGGUACUUUGGCCCCUACAUACUGCUAUUUUAAGUUUGCGAAGUUUAUACCCCAUGAUGCUCUCUCAGAGGUUGUUGUAGAGGCGUAAAGGGGGGAGACGUGGUCAUUUGUAGCGUUGGAGCUAGCAGGGCAGAACAGCUGUGUGUGUGUGUGCAUAUCUGAGUGUGUGUGUGUGUGUGUGUGUAGGGGGAGCUGAGUCUUGUACUAAUGCAAUGCCGGUGUAGGUAACGUGCUUGGGCUGCCAGAUGUGCUUGAAGCGCUGCGCAUGUUGAUGACAUCACGCAACAUGAUUGGCUGGAAGUUGGUUGGAUGACGCAGAAGAGUGUGACAAAUUUCCUGACAAAUUAUAGAGGCAGUUUUGUCAGGAUUAGGUUUUAUGGGAUUGUUGUUCUUCGGACAAAACAAGGACGAAUUUUACGAUGAAAUGAAUCACUACUCAUCAAAAGAGACUUGAGGUUGCCAAAUGGAAAUGUGAAAUCAAAGCAAAACUAUCUAUUAAUAAAUGGAGAUCCUGAGUACCUCUUUUUUUAAUUUAGAGAAGUUAACAUACAGUUAAAGACAGCUAAAGAUUACAGUCCAGUAAAUUGUUAUUCUCUGUAUUAUAAGAAGACAAAAGUUCGAGGUGAAUUAGAAAAGUUUGGAAAUAAAGAAAACCGCGAGGAGCUUUUAACUGAGCACAUUAGACUUAUUAACUGGAGUGCAAUGUAGUUUGUCUAAGUGGACAAGCCGUAGUUUGAUGUCAUCAACAGGCGCAGGGCCCUGAGCUGAUCUGACAGCCCGAACAUGUCUGAUACCUACAUCGCAAUGUGAUGCAUAAUCAUUACAGGGUGUAAUGUGUAGGUGCAAAGGUGUACUGAUGGGAAGGCUUUGUUUGCAGAGUUUCAAUGUGUAAGAGGUUCAUAACCUUUAAGGGUCAGGAUGGCGGCAAAACCUGUGACUGUCCAAUAAGGAGUCAAUGUGAAUCAGCUGUUUUAUCUCUACAAACAGGCGUUUCACCGUCUUUAAGCUCAUUGUUUUGUUUUUCUUUCCUGCAUCUCCACCGUUUUUUUAAUCGGCAUUGUUGCCCACAGCUGCGACAGCAUUUUUACACCCCAAACCUCCAAUAACUCUACAGCACAUUACCCACCGAACAGUAGACAGACUCAGACAGAAGCUAAAGAGACAGAUGUUUCCCUCAGGAGUUAGCAGAGAUCAAGUAAGCAUGGUCGUACAGCUUCUGCUCCCCUGGUGGCUACAUAGAAAACUUCAGCUUUUCUUCAUCUCUGAGGAGUGUAAAUAAAAAACUAACACAGUGAUCAUGUGAACUUCAUGCAGUGAUUUAUUGUAAGUGUUUUUUUUUUAGUUUGUUGCCAAAUAAAUCUAUGAAAACCAUUUGACAGAAGAUGAAAACGUUCAUUAUCUGUGUUUCAAAUCUAAAGUUCUUCACUCACUGAUUUCACAUCUUAAGCAUCUGGAAAUAUUAAUAACUUCAGUGUUUGGUCGGGUAUUACCACCUUUAUUAAAGCACCUGUUGAACCUUUUGAGGGAAUUCAGGGGUUUCCACUUUUAUAUUUUCUUCUUUUUUUCCGGCAAUAAGACCAAUCUUGAGUUAACUUUCAGCUCCCUGAUUGUACCUUCAACACAACUUAAUGAAGUGAUUAAACAUGGGGGAUGUGGAAAGUGGAGUUUUAUAAUUAAAACGUCAAGAAAAUAGCUUUUUCAGGAAUUACAUCCAAACCAAUCUCAAACAUCUAAUAACCAAAAUUCUGCAGCGCGUCUGUUUCCUGGAGCUCAUUUGCUCCAGUCGAAGACGGUGGGUUAUUUUACCUCCUCUUUAAAGACAACACUUUUAAAUUAUGCUAAUUUCUAAGAACCUAUUCACACGUUAAGAGAAAGCGUCCGUCUAACGAUCUCAGCGCUUGUGAAUGGAACCGGCAGCGUUACAACCGGCAGUGUUUGGACGUCUAAGUUAUCUUUGGGCCCAGAUCUCCUCCCUCGGUUCAGUUGUCCUGGGCCGGAGCCAUCCAUGCUUGCCGUCUAUCCCCUAGCUCGCCCACAAUCCCUGAUUAAUGUGGUCUGGGCGGGAGCUGUCAGAAAUGGCAGAGAGAAUCAUGGGAUUUCUCCUUCAGAGUCCCAAUGACACCCAGCAGCUGCAGGAGUAAACAGAUGACUAACCACUGGCCUUUUGGCAGCCUGUGGAGAUUCACACGCAGGGAGGGCGCCGAACGUAGCUUUGACAUUUAGGUGGAUUAGAAAGUUCUUGGGUUCUGCUCUCGUGGUGUCAGAGGUGGUUGGCAUAGUAAUUAUUUGUGACUGGGUUUUCCUUUUGCUUGACCCCCGACCGCUGCGGAGCUUCAUUUUUCCCCUCUCAGAGACGUUCCUUCAGAUGUAUAAAGUGUAAAACAUCCUUAUAAGCUUCAUUUAUAAACAAAUCACAUUUUUUAUUUUGAGCAGAAGAGAAAAAACUGUGUCUUAUCUGAGGAGGAAAAAAAAAAACAACCAUUUGUCAUUUCAGACCACGGUGCUGCUGCAGAAUUCAUUUCAGAUGGGGGUCUGAAGCUAUCCUGGGGCACAGUUUUGUGUGAGGUAUUGACAUAUUAAAGGCUGUAUCA